GGGUCCAAAGAAUAAAGGAAUUAGGGUUUCAGCAUAUAUAUAAAAGGUUAAAUAUUAAACCCCCCAAUCUCCUCUCCCCCUAAACCCUAAACCCCCAAUCUGAGCAGCAAAAGCAAAAUCUGGGAGAUGGCGACGGUGCCAGGGCAACUGAUCUGGGAGAUAGUGAAGAAGAACAACUCUUUUCUGGUGAAGGAGUUCGGGAGAAGCCACGCCGGUGUGCGGUUCAGCAAGGAGCCCAACAAUCUCCUCAACCUCAACACCUACAAGCACUCUGGGCUGGCAAACAAGAAAACUGUGACCAUUGAGGCUGUGGGUAAAGAUCAAUCUGUGUUGUUGGCAACAACUAAGACCAAGAAGCAGAACAAACCUGCUGCUUUGCUCCAUAAGUCUGUGAUGAAACAGGAGUUUCGCAGGAUGGCCAAGGCAGUCGCAAACCAGGUGGCAGAUAACUACUACAGGCCAGAUCUGAAAAAAGCAGCCCUUGCAAGGUUGAGUGUUGUUCACAAGAGCCUCAAGGUUGCCAAGUCUGGUGUCAAGAAGAGGAACAGGCAAGCUGUUAGAGUCUAUGGCAGGAAGUGAGUUAUAGGGGGCUGAUACACUAGUGUUCUUUUCAUGAUUUUGGAUUUGAUUGGAUCGUCCUUGAAAACUCAAGAUGUAUUUGGAUUUUGGGGAUUUUAUUUAGUUUGUUUUGCAAAAGAUUCCUGGAUAUAAUUUUUUUUUUCUUCAACCAA